AGAAAACAAAAGGUAUCCGGUGAUUGCGUAAUCUCCGUAGUUUCGGAUUGUUUAAUUAUGUAGGGCGUGGCUUUGUUUUUCCUUUCUUUUAAAAAUGUCCUCGUGGUUCAGUGGAAGUAGUUUCACAUCAUUGACGGAUCAGAUAACCUCAUUCACCAAAGAUGUACUGAACGAGACCACCCAAGAGAUAGAGGACCCUGUUACUGAACUACAGGUAGCACAAAGGCAGAUAGAACAAUUAAAGGAAGAAGCCAGUCAAUACACAACUGAAUUGGUGAGGCUGAGGAAGAGCAAUGAGGAGUAUAGAGAAAGAGCGGAAGCUGCUGAGUAUCAGGUUGUAUCAAACAAAGAGCAAUAUCUCAAAUUGUUACAAGAACAAGAGGCAAAUGGCGAAAAGCUAAAGGAGCAACUGAAAGAAAUGAAAUCCGAUCAAAGGAAGAUUGUGAUGGCAACACGGAGCGACUCAAAUCUUACGUCUCUUGAACAAAAAAGUGGGGCUCUAUCUCUUGGUUUAGUGCCACCACACACGAGCACAGGCGAGGGGCUGGAAUGGAGUGGAGCCGACUGGAAUGAAGAAACUGAUUUCGAGUAUCUCGAAGUCUCACAGUCAAAAUUGUCGCAGCUCCAGUCCGAGUUAGCUCGAGUUAGAGUCGAGUGCCAGCACUGGAAGGAACUAGCACAAGACAGAGUGAGUGAGAAUGGAAAUGAAGGAGGCAGAACAGGUUUUGAAGAUCAUCAGGCAGUUACUGCUAAUGAAGAUGUCCUACAGCAAGAGAGACUAAGACAUGAGCAUGAUAUAUCAGCUCUUCAGAUGCUCCAUGCCCAGCAGCUUCAGGCAGUCAAUCUCAGACACAGACAGGAAAUUGAAAACCUUCAAGAGAUAAUGCACCAGGAAACCACAGUUUCACAGGUAGAAGAGGAACAGUUGCCAGUUGUGAAAGCAGAGCUAUCAGAACUUAGACUAAGAAAUAAACAACUAAUGGACAAACUUCAGUUGAACCAGGUUAUCACAGGCGAACUAAAAGAUGCCAUUGCUAAUUUGAAAGAGCUUGUUCACCUAUCGCUGGAAGGCCAGUUAAAGAACAUAGAGGAAGAGAAGAGAGGGUUGACCACUUAUAUAACGGAUAUACACACCUCCUUUAAAUCCCAUCAGGAGAUCAUCGAGAGCCUACAGAUCAAGAGAACACAAUUCGAAGAGGAGACCCAGAGCCUUAGCAACGAGUUGGAGCGCAUGAAAACCAAACUUGAGAGUGAAGGAGAAGGAGGAAGUAAUGAAAGCAUGUUGGGGGACAAGGAAAGAGACACAGCCUCUCUCUCUCUGACUGGAGAAGAAGAACUGCUACAGCAAUCAGAGGAGAAGGAAGGACACAGUAUUCAGGGAAAUGGUAUUUUAAAGGUUGAGUCAGAGCAUUUGAAUCAGCAGCUGUUUGAAUUACGAGAAACAGUGAAGGAGAGAGAGGAGGCAGUUGGUAGCCUCUCCUCUCUGUUGAGUAAGAGAGAAGAGGAAAUGGAGUUACUAGUACAAGAAAGGGAGGAGUUGUCAAGACAAUGUACGUCACUGGCAGCAGAGCUGUCCAAUACGAGACUGAAGAUAGAAGAGAAGGAAGAGUUACUGACGGCCAAAGACAGAGAAAUUAGGGAAAAAGAUGAAGAGAUAAUCGAAUCCAAAAGACAAAGUGGAGACUUGAAACAAGCCAUAUUAGAACUAGAAGAAAAGUUGAGGGGAACUAGCAGUGCCUCCAUCCAUGAAGAGGAGAGUCGUCUUUCCACUUUGAGGCAAGAGCUCACGAAACAAUCAGAAAUAAUUACACAACUGACUCAAGAAAGGAAUGGUUUGAUUCAUUCUCGUGAUCAACUUUUAGAGGAACAUAAUGAAAGAAUCAAAGAAAAUGAAAAGACACAUUUAAAGGAAAUCCUAGAACUCCAAUCGAAGCUUUCAAAGUGUGAAAAGGACUUGGGACGACUAAGAGAACACUUGAUUGAAGUAGAAGGACACCACACGGAGGAGGCCUUGAGUAACAAGGAGCAAGAGGAGCAGUUAAAAGAACAAUUGAAACUGAUGGAGAGAGAGCUAGGGAGAGUAAAUGAACAACUUAGCCAACAAAGUCUUGAAGAUCAUCAGUUACAGAAUGAUCUGGCAGCAGUUGUAAGUGAAAGGGACCAUCUCCAAUCGAGUCUCUUAGAGACUCAGAGAGAGAGGGACCAGAGCAUUACAGCCAUGCACAACCUCCAAACGGUCCUGGAACAUUUUCAAAAAGGAGGCAACGAGCUUGACGAGUUACAAGGCUUGUUACUUAAGAAGCAAGAAGAGCUCGAGACUGCUAAUAAAGAAUGCCAGAGACUUUUGAAUUGUCAACAAGAGAAGUCAUCAACUGGAGAAGAUGUAAUGGCAGCUUCCUCAGUGAGCGAUCAUCUCCUUUUAGAAAUGAAACAGAAAGAUGAUACAAUACAAUCCCUUAAUACAGAAAUACAAAGUUAUCAACUAACUCUCAAAAAGUGUAGGGCAAAGAUUGAGCAGCUCUCGUGUGACCAAGACACUAACGUUGACAAGCAACUUGUAAGGAAUCUUUUUCUGAGUUACAUCUCAAAGCAAGAUGAAAUAAAGAAAAGAGAUAAGAUAGUACAUGUCUUGCAAAAGGUCCUGGAUAUCGACCAGAGUGAGAUUGAAAAAGUUUUAGGUAGGAAGGCCAUGUGGUUACCCAAUAUAUGGCCCAGCCCUCCCUCUCCUCUUAACUCACUGGCGAACACACCCACCAAUGAACAAGUGUCGUUAUCAAAGAUGUUUGUGUCAUUUUUGGAAUCUGAGUCAACUAGAGAGAUACAGCCCAAAUCUCCACCUCUUCUUUCUACGUCUCUACAUCCACGGCCCCCGAAACACUUACUGACGAUGCAGGCUCCGCCCACCACCAUGCCAGAAACCAAAAAAGAGGAGGAGCCUCAGAGUGUUGCUGUAGCUACACCUCAAAGUUUAGAAACGUUAUUGGAAAUAGGCAAUUCUCCCAAAAGUUGAUCAUUAUUCUAAUAUUAUGUCACAUUCAGGAUUAUUAUUGUUAUUAUUAUUAAUAUUAUACUAGAAAAAUUCACAAAAAUGCUUAACAGAAGUUAAAUAGUACAGUACAUGUACAAAAUCACGAGCCACAACAGAUAUCAAAA